AUGGAGAAGCACCGUAGCCACCAAUACCAACCGUACUCGUGGCAUCAGUCGCAUGAUCAGGCAACAGUGUUGCUGCUAGUGCCCUACGACACUCAAGACGAGGACAUGGUUGUCAUCAUCGAGCGUGAUUAUAUCGUCGCAGGAGUGAGAGGACAAGCCCCCAUUCUCAAGGGGAAAGUGUAUGCCGGAGUGGACACUCGGGACUCAGUAUGGAUGCUGGAACCCCGACCCUCGCGGCGGUCUACUAGAGAGCGCACCAUAUCAUCUUUGUCGACAGCUACUUCAUCGACGCACUCCUCUUACGCCUUUGUGUCCGACCCCGAGAUCUCAAGCAGCUUUGCCGCCUCACUGGACAGCGCCCAAGCUUCUGACACAGAAGAAUUCACCGUCUCUCCCGCGCCCCGUUCACCCACUCUGUCAUCCGCAGAUGAACGCUCCUACUCGCCUCAGAGACGGCAUCACUCACAAGUGGCAACAUCGCGGCCAGUUUCUCCGGGCCAUCUAUUGCAGAGUCUGGCGUCAUCCUACUCGUCCCUUGAAUCCCUUCAUUCUACUCAAUCAGGCAGACUUCUGACCAUACACCUUGAAAAGGAACAAUCUAUAAUCUGGCCUUCAUUAAUCGUUGGUCCAGUACCGGAGUCUGUCUCCCCUUGCCUAACGGACACUGUAGUCUUUGACAUGAGUCAUGAACUCGAGCACCAGUAUAAUAUGGAUCCUACCAGCUUAGUACUCAUAGCUCUCGAUCUAUACGACAUUCGUAAAAACAAAGAGGAAGCUUUUGAAUAUUUCGUACGUGCAUGGCAUCAAGCGCACAUUCCUUCAGCAACCGUUCGCCUCGUUAAUCACUACAUCCCAUUGUCGAAAUCAUUUGACCCGCUGCCGUUAACUACGGAGCAAGCAUCAAGAGGGACCACGUCAUACUACAUGCAAUGUAUCGGUAGCUCAGAAGGACUGGCACAACUAUAUGUCGAAGCAGGUCUUCUACACCUGGAAGGCACCGCAUCUACUAUCUUAUCGACAUCGCAUUCCAGCUUGUCGUCGCUCAGGGUGCCACACGAGCCUCAAGUCGGCGAAGCUGGCGCAGAUGCAUGGAAGCGAGACCGUGAUAUUGCUUCGAAAUAUUUCGAACGCGCGAGGAAUCUCCAUCCUACGCUGGAGAUUCCUUCAUUACCCCCCAGCUCCGAAGAGCUGCUAAUGCCGUCGAUUUAUCUACGAGAAGACUCGUCAGACUCGCCGCCCACGGAACCAGACAUACCUGUCAUUCGGAGACGUAGAAACAAGGACGAGCAGGAAGGCUCGCUCUUCGACCCCGAUCCAGAGGCCAAAGUGGACGAAAUUGAUAAUACGUGGUACCUGUAUAUUCCUGGGUUAGUAGGAGCAGGGACAGCAUUGUUAGUGGUGGGCGUGGUGGGCGCGUUAAGCUUUUCUACCUGGAGGAGAAAUCAGGGCGCCUAG